AUGAAAAGCCAUGACAAUGUUUUCAGGGUUGUACCAGGAAGUGAUUUUAAUUUGAAAGCAUUACCAUUUUUAGUAGUUCCUUCCUAGUUUCAGGUUUGACAAUUGUAAAGCCUGCAUUGUCUGCGAGUGCUGUAUUUGCUCAAAUUAUCUGAACUCUUAAAGCUGAAAUAAUUUUGGCAUAUUUCAGUAAUUUAACUAUCAUUUAAUCAAAAAAUCAUUGUUUUAGAUUGGAUGUAAUUACAUUUAUCCUUAACCAAAUGGCUAUUAAUGUACUAUUAUAUGAGCAAUGUUGUGUGGUGAGGUGAUACAUGUUUUGUGAGUGCAACUUGAAGAGUAUUCACCAUGGAUGGCAGAAGAAAGGACCAGUACCAAUGGAGAAAAAUGGCCUCAGGGGAGGUAAGCUGGCCUACUCCAAUGAAGGCCAUAGGAGCACAAAACCUCCUGACAAUGCCAGACGGGGUGACGUUUUCUGGAUAUCUCCACAAGAAGGGAGGCACACAGAUUCAAAUUUUGAAAUGGCCAUUACGGUUUGUCAUCAUACACAAAGGAUGCAUUUACUACUUCAAGACAAGCACCUCUGCCUCUCCACAGGGGGCGUUUUCUUUAAAUGGGUACAACAGGGUAAUGAGGGCGACAGAAGAGACAACAUCAAGUAACGUCUUCCCUUUCAAAAUUGUGCACUUCAGCAAAAAGCACAGAACAUGGUACUUCUCUGCAGCGUGUGAGGAGGAAAGGAAGAAAUGGAUGUUAUGUUUGAGAAAAGAAAUUGACUACUACCAUGACAAAAGGGAUAAUCAGGCUCAGCAAAGUGUUUCAGGUUCUGACUCAGAAAGCUUUUAUGGCUCUGUUGAACGGCUUAUUGACAUCAGAUAUACCCCUGAGACAUCUGACGAUGGUGACUAUGUGGAAGAGGAAGAGGAAGAGGAAGAGGAAGAGAAAUAUUAUUUGAAACCAGACGAAUCACGGGAACCAAACAUUUUAAAUCGACCUGAUGCACCUCCUCCUGCCUACCCUCCACCUCCUGUCCCUCUUAAGCCAUACCGGCAUGAAACACCACCUCAGAAAACCACAGGAAUCAGGGCAAUGCCCCCAAACCUUCCACCUGCUCCAAAGAAAGGUCUACCACAGACACAAUUUCCCAGGAAGGAAUCUCCACCAUUUCCUGAACACAAAAGAAGUGAAUGUGAACUAGCUAAGGAGGCAGCUGUGAUUCUCAGCAAAGGCCCUCCUCCACAGUUACCGUUCGCCUCUCAUUUGAAGAAGCCAGCCACUGACACAAAAGAGGUGCCUGUCAAAAGCCCCACCCCAAGUAAAUUUCCAAAGGCAUUGCCAAUUUGCAGUGAUCUUGAGAAAAAGCUAGCUGUGAGCAACAAACCUUCCCAUGCCACCUUGCCACUUCUCAGUAGUAUUGAGAAAAAACUUCCUGUGAGCAACAAACCCUCACAUGCUACCUUUCCGAAAACAACACCACCACAAAACCCCAACCUGAUUGCCAAGUCUCUGCAGUGUGAGAAGCCUGGGAUGUACAAGCCCCCACUGUUGCCCAAAACUCUGCCUGCUGGAGUGAAGCCAAAGCCAAAGCCAAAACAUCAAGGGCAAUCCUUACAGAGAUCUUCCCCGGAUGGACAAAGUUUCCGUUCUUCAGUGGAUGAAGAGCCAGCACAUUUGCGAACUAAGUCCCAGUCAAACGAUUAUGACUCAGACGAAGACUAUGAAAAGGUGCAAUUACCUAACUCUGUUUUUGUAAGUACAACAGAUACCAGUGAGAUUGAAAGGUUAUUUAAAGACACUGAUCUAAGAGGUAAUCCACAGGAUGGAUUGUACUGUAUAAGGAAUUCAACAACCAGGACAACAAAGGUCUUAGUUGUAUGGGAUGCAACUACACAUAAAACAAGGAACUACAGAAUCUUUGAAAAGAACUCCAGGGUCUUUCUAGAAAAUGACCUGACAUUCCCUUCAUUUGAAGGAUUGGUUGAUCACUACUACAGCCAUGUUCUACCCAGCCACGAAACACUCCGUCUUCAGAAACCGUAUGGCUGUCCGGUACUGAGGUGAUACAGUUUGUGACAAUGCUGCAGAUCAAAGACGAUGUCUAACCAAGCUCUCAGAAGAAGGUUAAAUCGAUGUCACCCUGGAUGCUGACUUUCAGGAGGGAGCAGCUGGGAUGUCAACUUGUUUUUUAGUGGAAACUCAGCCAGUAAGCAGUAUUUGAUAGGGUAUGGAAAAGUCUGUUGGCCCCUCUUUCUUGUCAUUAUCAUGACACAGAGUGCCACUAGUUGCUCCUAAUAAACAAUGUUCUGGUCUGUGUCUCAGGUUUAAAGCAUUGUAUCUGAAUUAUGUAAAUGAUGCUACAACAAUGCCGCUAUGGUUUAUAAUGGGGUACUGGUAGUAUUCCGAUGAAGGAAUUAUUGUUCCAGCAGAAAGAUGACAUGUGGGCUGUGCUGAAAACCUGAAUAUUUCACACCUCCCUUAAGGUUAAAUUUGUGACUGAUCGAAAUGUGAUUUUUUUUUUUUGUCUAAAAAGUGUUCCUCCUGUGGGUCCUUCAGUGUGUUUUAGUAAUACAUGUACUCACUAAUAUUAUGCCAGUUUUUUCAAUAUUAGAGGUUAGUAAAAAAAAUGUAUUUACAAACAAAUCUACUGACAAUUAUUUAAACACACCAAGUUCUCAUGUUCAGAUAAUGCUGAACUCUUUGCUUUCUCCAAGCUGAAUUGGACAUGGUCGGUGUGUUAUAUUAAACCAAAAUGUCAAUUAAGUAUUAUCGGUUGGAUUCAAAGACCCUGAUUAGCAUUUUUCUUGGACUACCUCAUUUUACUUUAGGUAAGGUUGUUCAGGAUUUGUGCUAAAUGGGGUAUAUGAAGCCAGCCUUAUAAAAAAGUUGUGCACACAUACAUGUCUAUAACAUUUGCUGUAGACUGGAUGUCUGAUGUUGUCUAAUUUCAGAAGAUAAACAUAGGCAGGGUUUCCAUGCAGUUUAGAAAAUCCAGAUUCUCUCUCCAUUGUCAUGAGAAUGUGACGUAGCACACACACCACGCACAUUCCUCAAGCUAUAGUGUACGGCAAAAACGUGGCAUGACUUAAAAAGGUGAGUAAAUCACCUUCUCACACUAAAAAGCCAAGCAAAA